AACCAAGGAGACUAGCGCUCGCACUUGUUGGGUAUAUUAAUAGAGAGGAAGCCCAACCAUACUCAUCUGUAUAAAGAGAAACCCAACGUUGUUCUCUCUUACUACUAUUACUACUCUCACUCACACUCAUUCACACUCACACUCACUCUCACAGCGUCAUCUUCCUUUUGCGAUUCAUCUCAUCGAGGCAGGUUUCCAUCGUGAUCUUCUCAUUAUUGUUUCAAACUAAUUCAAUCCUCCCGAUAAGGAAUUUUGAAUUGUUUCUUCCGAAUCUGUUGUCGCGCCAAGAUGCAAGGGUUUACAGCAGGACCUGCAACUACAGAUUUAGCCGAGCUCCAAUCUACCAUGCGAGCAAUCGAGCUCGCUUGCAAUUCAAUUCAGAUGCAUAGUAACCCAGGAGCAUCUGAGACAGUUAUGUUGUCAUUAGGCCAGUCUUCUCAGCCAUACAAGACUUGCCAAUUCAUUCUUGAGAAUUCCCUGGUGGCAGCUGCAAGGUUUCAAGCGGCAGCAGCAAUCCAAGAAGCAGCUAUUAGAGAAUGGGGUUUUCUUAAUGCUGAUGUCAAGAGAGGCUUGAUUAGUUUUUGCUUGUGCUAUGCCAUGCAACAUGCCAGUUCUCCUGAUAGCUAUGUCCAAGCAAAGGUUUCUUCGGUGGCUACUCAGUUGAUGAAAAGGGGUUGGCUUGAGUUGGUGGCUGCAGAGAAGGAGGCACUCUUUUAUCAGGUGAGCCAGGCUAUUGUGGGCAUUCAUGGAGUAGAUAUGCAGUUUGCUGGAAUCAAAUUCCUCGAAUCAUUGGUAUCCGAAUUUUCUCCAUCUACUUCGAGUGCUAUGGGCCUUCCAAGGGAAUUUCAUGAGCAGUGUCGGAGGUCACUUGAGCAAGACUAUCUAAAGACAUUCUACCAUUGGACACAAGAAGCUGCUUCAAGUGUCACAAAUAGGAUUAUUGAAUCUGACUCCGUUGUACCUGAGGUUAAAGUUUGCACUGCUGCUUUGGAUCUCAUGCUUCAAAUUCUGAAUUGGGAUUUUCGUUGCAAUACUGGUGACUCAAAAAAAAAUGUAAAUGUCUUCUCUGCUGGAGUUAGGCAAGAUGGGGAUUCUCCUAAAAGGUCUGAAUGUCACCUAGUGCAGCCUGGUUCAGACUGGCGCGAUGUGUUGAUAUUAAGUGGUCAUGUUGAAUGGCUUUUGAGUUUAUAUGCUGCAUUGAGGCAGAAAUUUUCAUGUGAAGGAUACUGGCCUAAUUGCCCUAUUGGAGCCUCUGCUCGAAAGCUAAUUGUACAAUUUUGUUCUGUAACAGGAACUGUAUUUCUUUCUGAUGAUGGAAAAAUGCAUGAGCGGCAUCUUCUGCAACUCCUAUGUGGGAUAAUAGAAUGGGUAGAUCCUCCUGAUGCUGUUUCAAAAGCUAUUGAAUGUGGAAAAUGUGAAAGCGAGAUGCUUGAUGGUUGUCGUGCAUUAUUGGCUAUUGCAAAUGUAACAACUCCUUAUGUGUUUGACGAUCUCCUAAAAUAUAUGAGGCCUAUCGGUACCCUUACCUUUUUGUCAACAUUGAUGUCUGAAGUGAUUAAAGUCCUGUUGACUAGUAACACAGACGAGGAGACUUGGAGCUGGGUAGCACGUGAUAUCUUAUUGGAUACUUGGACUGCCCUUCUAAUGCCAAUAAAUACUAUCACUGUGAAUGCUUUGCUUCCAUCUGAAGGGAUACAAGCUGCUGCCAAUCUCUUUGGUUUCAUUGUGGAAUGCGAGCUAAGAAUGGCCUCUGCAUCAGCAUUUAAUGAUGAGGGCGGUUCAUUCUAUCUUCAUGCUUCUGUAUCUGCCAUGGAUGAAAGGUUAAGCUCCUAUGCACUUAUUGCUAGAGCUUCUGUUGAUGUUACAAUUCCUUUGCUCAUGAGAGUGUUUUCUGAGCGAGUUGGACACCUUAAUCAGGGCAGGGGCAGUAUUGACUUGACUGAAACGUUGGAAGAACUUUAUUCAUUGUUUCUGAUUAUUGGUCAUGUAAUAGCUGACGAAGGGGAGGGGGAAAUGCCGCUGGUUCCUAAUGCCAUACAAACCCAAUUCGUUGUUAAUGCUGUGGAAGCAGAUAAACAUCCUGUUAUUUUACUUUCCAGCUCAAUCAUAAAAUUUGCUGAGCAGUGCCUAAAUCCAGAAAUGAGAGCAUCAGUUUUUAGUCCCCGGCUUAUGGAGUCAAUUAUAUGGUUCCUUGCAAGAUGGUCUCGGACAUAUCUAAUGUCUUCAGAUGGGAUCGGGGAGAAAAUCUUAGAUUCAGGUUAUCAUCAUGAGCAUAGUUCAAAAAAGGCUUUGCUUAGUUUCUUUGGAGAGCAUAACCAAGGGAAGCCCGUCCUUGAUAUUAUUGUUCAUAUAUCCUUGAUCACACUUACAUCAUAUCCGGGGGAAAAGGAUCUGCAGCGUGUCACUUGUUACCAGUCACUUCAUUCACUGGUUCAGCAAAAGCAUAUAUGUGUUCACCUAGUUACUCUGAAUUCAUGGCAUGAACUAGCAACUGUAUUUUCCAUUGAAAAGACUUUGUUGUCGUUGGACACUGCUCAUCAGCGAUCUCUUGCGCAAACACUUGUUCGUUCAGCUUCAGGCAUGAGAAAUUCAGAGGAGUCAAGCCAGUAUGUAAGGAAUCUCAUGGGUCAUAUUGCAACAUAUAUAGUGGAGAUGUCCAGCAAGAGUAAUUUUAAAAGUAUUGCCCAACAACCAGAUAUCCUCUGGCAGGUCAGCUGCAUGUUAGAACGGCUACGGGGAGCUGCAAGUGCUUCUGAACCUCGAACUCAGAAGGCUAUCUAUGAGCUAGGAUUCUCUGUAAUGAAUCCCAUACUAGUGCUUCUUGAAGUAUAUAAACAUGAGUCUGCAGUUGUCUACCUGCUACUUAAAUUUGUAGUUGAUUGGGUUGAUGGACAAAUUACUUACUUGGAGGCCCAAGAAACUGCUGCUGUUAUUAAUUUCUGCAUGCGUUUGCUUCAGCUGUAUUCAUCUCACAAUAUAGGCAAGAUAUCUCUAAGUCUUUCAAGCAGCUUACUUAGUGAGGAAAAAACAGAGAAGUAUAAGGAUUUGCGUGCUCUUCUUCAACUUCUCUCAAGUCUUUGCUCUAAAGACAUGAUUGAUUUCUCGUCAGAUUCAAUUGAGGCCCAAGGCACUAACAUAUCUCAGGUGGUUUACUUUGGUCUUCACAUAAUCACACCACUGAUUUCUAUGGACCUCCUGAAAUAUCCCAAACUUUGUCAUGAUUAUUUUUCUCUCCUGUCACAUAUGUUGGAGGUUUAUCCUGAAACAUUUGCCCAACUAAAUAGUGAAGCAUUUGCUCAUAUACUUGGAACCCUUGAUUUUGGUCUCCACCAUCAGGAUGCAGAUGUGGUUAGUAAAUGUCUGAGAGCUCUGCAAGCUCUUGCUUCAUACCACUACAAGGAGAUUGGUACUGGUAAUAUAGGCUUGGGUGCACAUGCCAUGGGUCUUAAGGAUUCAAGUGGGAAUUUUCAGGAAGGCCUUUUGAGCCGUUUCCUUCGUUCAUUGCUGCAGUUACUCCUUUUUGAGGAUUAUAGUUCUGAUCUAAUCAGUGUUGCAGCAGAUGCUCUCCUUCCAUUAAUCCUUUGUGAGCAAGGCCUGUAUCAGAGAUUGGGCAGUGAAUUGAUGGAGCGACAAGCAAAUCCAGAACUUAGAUCAAGGCUGGCAAAUGCAUUGCACACACUAACAAGUGCUAAUCAGCUUUCUACCUCCCUUGAUCGAAUUAACUACCAGAGAUUUAGGAAAAAUCUGAAUAGCUUCCUAAUUGAAGUUCGUGGAUUUCUGAGGACCAUGUGAUCAGCCCUGUAUGUCUUAUGUUGUAUAAAGCUUCAAAAGAAGAGUUGACAUGACAUCACUAAUUGAACCAGCAGCUGGAGAAGAAAUUAGAGAGAUAAUCUCUUGGCAGACGAAGUUUUUGGAGUUACAGAAAACAUCGAGUCCUAUCUACACUGGCCAUUCUGGUGAGUUAGAUCAUUCGGGUUGUAUGCAAAAGUAAAAGCUUCUUAUGUUUGUAGAGGCUGUAAAAAAAGCGGAAAAAAUUAUCUGAAGAUCUGAGUAGCGAUUCAUUGGCAAAAUAGUUGUCAAAUUCUUUUCUGGCAAACUGCAUUGUUGUGUAGAUAUAUUACUAUCACUCUUCGUUUGACAGUAGUCUCUCUUUCCCCACCCUUUCAUGUAUUUGCUCUACUGCCCAAGCAUGUAAUAUGUUCUGAUCUGUCAGAGAUAUUAAGGUUGUGACUCAUGCAUAUUGAGGGACAUCAUAAAUAGUUGAGUCAUAGGACAAUUUUUUGUGUUGAUAGUUGUUUGACA